CAUUCCGCUACGAGCUGGACCGACUGAAGGAUUCACCGGAACUUCAGCCUGUGCGGCUGUCACAGUUUUAAAUAGGGGUUCGGUCCAAUAUGGCGGCAGACGGAUGGAAAUACUGAUGACAGUCCGAAAGAUCGCCUCGAUUUGUACGAUGGGCGCCAAUGCCUCUGCUUUGGAAAAGGAGAUUGGACCGGAACAAUUCCCUGUUAAUGAACACUACUUUGGGCUGGUCAAUUUUGGCAACACCUGCUACUGUAACUCAGUGCUCCAGGCACUGUACUUUUGCCGGCCCUUCCGGGAGAAAGUGCUGGCCUAUAAGAUCCAGCCACGACGUAAAGAGAGCCUGCUCACCUGCCUGGCUGACCUGUUCAACAGCAUUGCAACUCAGAAGAAGAAAGUGGGAGUCAUUCCACCAAAGAAGUUCAUCUCCAGGUUGAGGAAGGAAAAUGAGCUCUUUGACAACUAUAUGCAGCAAGAUGCACACGAAUUCCUCAACUACUUGCUCAACACCAUUGCAGACCUGCUACAGGAGGAAAAGAGCCAGGAGAGACAGCAGAAUGGAAAGGUAGUACAGAAUGGUGGCAGCGGAAGUGGAGGAGGAGGUGGAAGUGGUAGCAGCACAGGAGAGGGUGAAACAGAGGAAAAGACCCAGCAGACCUGGGUGCACGAGAUCUUCCAAGGCACACUGACCAAUGAGACACGGUGCCUGAACUGUGAAGCGGUGAGCAGUAAAGACGAAGACUUCCUAGACCUUUCAGUGGACGUGGAGCAGAAUACCUCCAUCACACACUGUCUUAGGGGUUUCAGCAACACAGAGACCUUAUGUAGUGAAUAUAAGUACUACUGUGAGCAAUGCAGAAGUAAACAGGAGGCACAGAAAAGGAUGCGGGUGAAGAAAUUGCCCAUGAUCCUUGCCCUGCACCUAAAGCGCUUUAAGUAUAUGGACCAGCUUCAUCGCUACACCAAGCUCUCUUAUCGUGUAGUCUUCCCUCUGGAGCUGAGGCUCUUUAACACCUCUGGUGAUGCUACCAACCCUGAUCGAUUGUACGACCUGGUGGCUGUAGUGGUGCACUGUGGGAGUGGUCCAAAUCGAGGUCAUUAUAUCACUAUAGUGAAGAGUCAUGGCUUCUGGCUUCUGUUUGAUGAUGACAUUGUAGAGAAAAUAGACGCCCAAGCGAUCGAGGAAUUCUACGGUCUGACAUCGGACAUCUCCAAAAACUCUGAGUCAGGUUAUAUACUCUUCUACCAGUCUAGAGACUGAGCCAGCAGGAGUGACUGACAGAAUGGGAGGGUGUGAUUUGUGAGAGACAGGAUCAGGCAGAUAGGGUGGCUUGAGCUUUGUUGACGCAGCUCGGGCCCCCUGCUCCAUCCCCUCUCAGUCAAGUCCCUUUUCAUCCAGGCUUAUCAGUGGAGCUUUGCACCGGAGCAUCAGUCAGGCCCCAGACAGGAGCAGUUGAUGCCAGAUCGACCUGGACACAGCACAGUAAUCACCAGGCAGAAGUAAUCGCCAUCUGGUUCGCCGUCGUCUCACUCGCCUGCUUUGUGUUGCUCGGCACUCACAAAAAAACGCACAUAUACACGUGAAAUGAGCUACACAUAUGUCUUGAUGGCCUGAGAAUGGACACUGUACAAACCUUUUUUCCCACCAUACACAGUAACAAGGUUCAUUUUGAUGAUCUGGUUUAUAUUUCUGCACAUCACAUCCAUCAUCGCUGGACGGUGCGUCAUAAUUUAUGUUUUGGCACAAUGAUUAAUGGCGGUUCUUCACCCUCAGAUGUUCAAACAUGACACAUCGUGCUACGUCCAUGUCAACCAGCUAGUUAUAAAUGUGUUGUACGCAGAACCAGUAGCUCAUGUUGUCAUUGUAGUUGAAACUGAGCUGCUCCACCUGAAUGGAUAAACCUGACCAGGGUAUGAGCAUUUUUUUGUGUCGAGAACUUGACAAGUGAUUUCAUGUAGGGCCUGUGGAUUGAUGGGUGCUCUGCCUUGUUAAGCAGAGAGGAUUGUGGAUACCAGAGUAGUGAGUGUAUAAAGGAUGUGGCUUGGCUUAAGAAUGCUUUCAGUAUUCAAUGAAUGUAAAACAUUCUGCCAGUUCUUGUGCACUACGAGUGAGUGUACAGCUUGAUUGUGUCAUAUAGUGCACGCUUAAUAGUGCACUAACUGUAAAGCGCAAAAAAAUUGAGAUAGAAAUUAGGGCUUUAUAUUAUUCUAAACAUAAGUUAAAGCUCAUAAAUGCCUGUUGUAUUAAAACCAAAAGCUGCACACAUUUCCAAACAUGUUUCAUGAACACUGUGGCGCUGUGAGAUUGUCUGAAAUGAAUGUGGACUCAUUCAGUUUAGCCGUUAAACAGUAGAAAUGUUGGAUAUUUCAAGCGUAAUAUGGUUUUACACUCCAUUAUAAUGUCAGCAACUCUUCUCUAGAUCUCUGUCGCCUCUUCUGCCCCUUUAAUUAAUAACGUUUUAACUGAAUAUACACCUAGAUGGGAAGUGAAGCACAAGUGCUGAAAUGCAGUUUUAGAUCUGUCAGGUUUAAGCUAUGACUUCCGUAAUAGUUAAACUGAUUAAGGUGACACCACAAAGGAAUGUUUCUUGUUUGUGGAUGUUGCACAGCCAGAAGGAUGAGCCACUUCUCCCAGUUCACUUGCAGGUAGGAAAUAUUUACGAGACAGCUAGGACAUGCUGCAGUUAGUCAAGAUUUUUAGGCAAAAAUAAACACACCCAGAAAGAUUGGGUAUUUAAGUCUUAUAAGGGGAAAAGUAUGUAUUAGCGAGGUAAUUUUUCCAGGUUUUUCUUGAAAUCUAUUUUUUUCCCCAACCGAAUAGUUGACUAAAACGGAAAGUAUAGGAAUAAAAGGGUGGUCGGUUUUUUCAUUUCAGGUUUCCUUUGUAAACUACACUGGUUUUAUUUGAUUGUUGGUUUGACGGAAACGCUCUUUAAUCUGCGAGGGGUCAAAACUGACAGUGCUGCUGAUUAUUAUUCCAUUCAUCCUGUAAAGUCUACUUGGUAUCAAUGCAUGCGUGGUAUAACAACUCUUGGCAUUGUUAUAAAGCAUGUAUAAAGGUCUUAUAAACAAGACAUCACAAUGUCUAAAGAAGCUUCUCGCUGGUCAGUUAACCUGCUGGCAUUGCGUGUCUUAAGUAGACUGAGCUAUAUGUUGAAAUAAACUGACAUAUGGUGCCACGUCAUGUAAAUUACACACAUUUACACAUGCUAUUUAAGAGUGUUUGUAGAUGUGUCAUCAUCACAGUUGAAUCAAGGCUUGUCUAAGCUGAGUUAACUGGAUAUUUUAUUUUUGAGAAUUGGCUUGUGAUUUAGUAGUUAUGGGGGAAGGAAUGUUUCUUUUACUUUUCAUGAUUUUAUUUAUGUGUAAUUAUAAAUGUUAUAUUAACUUUUCUUUGACAUUCUCAUUUUUAUACAUUUGCUAAUCUGUCCCUUAUUUGGACACCAGGUUUGUUGUAUGUUUUGUGGAGAGAGAGUUGAAAUCGAAGAGUGGUAAUGUUGGAAUUAUCAAAUUAAUGCUGCAAUCUUGAGAUGUUGUUACUAGGCAUAGAAAGAGUUCAUGCACUGAUCACAGAGUAACAGCACCCUAAGUGUUUUGGCAUUAGCAGAAAGACAUGAACUACAUCAAAACAUGAGACAAACGCAAGCUAAUGCUACGUCAUGCUAACAUUAGUUGUGUUUCAUCCCGCCCCUUUCCAUAACAUUGUAAUAAUGUUUAUUCCAUACUGGGUUUGAAAAAAAGUGCACUUUCGAUAAAGCAAUGUACAAAUUGUAAACCAGGUGAAUAAUCUGGUUUUGGAGUGGAGUGGACAGCGUGGAUGAAAGAUGGGACUGGAUCACCCUGUCCCAAAUAAAAACAAACAAAAACA